GUACACCAGUCGUCAUCAAAAACAGAGGUACCGUGCAAAAGUGCUAUUCGGCCGAAAGGUACAGACAUUACCCGGAAAGAUCGGUGACAUACAAUGCUGAACAAAGAGGCUGAGGAAGAUGACUUUAUAAAUCUCUUCGGGAAACAGUAUGGAUAUGGAAAUAAAAUUGAUCAAAUAAGAAAACAAGAAUUUAAACGACUGGAAGGUAUUACAUAUCUUGAUCAUGCUGGGACAACACAGUAUCCACAGAGUGUUAUUGCAAAUGUUUACAGUGACUUGAGUUACAAUGUGUAUGGAAAUCCACACAGUAGGAACCCAAGCAGUCAGCUGUCAAGUGAUGUCAUUGACCAAGUCCGCACAAGGAUUUUAAAACAUUUUAAUACAUCUUCAGAACAACACACUGUGAUUUUCACUUCUGGUGCUACUGCUGCAUUGAAACUUUUGGCUGAAAGCUUUGAUUGGAAGGGAGCCACCAGUGAAGGAAGUGCUCAUCAAAGUCAUUUUUGUUAUCUGCAAGAGAAUCACACAUCAGUGGUUGGUAUGAGAGAAAUAGCUGCUUCAAGAGGGGCCCAAAUUAGUUCUGUUAAUGAAAAAGACUUGGAAGAACAAAUCAUCUUUACAACAGAAGAGAAAAGGGAGGAUUCAGAUCUAAAACCAUUUGAUUCUGGGAGCAAUGGUGUCAGAGAGACUGUUGACUGUUGCCACAAUUUAUUUGCUUUCCCUGCAAUGUGUAAUUUCUCAGGGAAGAAGUAUUCUCUUAAAUGGAUUUCUCAAGUUAAACAGGGAUUGUUAGUCAAAAAGAGUCAUUGGUGCCAUUGGUGCCAUUGGUUUGUUCUUUUGGAUGCAUCUUCAUUUGUGAGCACUUCUCCAUUGGACUUAGCAUCUUGUCCAGCAGAUUAUAUUCCCAUUUCUUUCUACAAGAUGUUUGGUUUUCCUACUGGUUUAGGUGCUCUUAUUUUAAAGAAUAGUAGUUCUUAUUUACUACAAAAGUGUUAUUAUGGUGGAGGAACAGUGCAAGCAACAAUUACUGAUGAAAGGUUUCAUAUCCUUAAGAACAAUCUCACUGAAAAGUUUGAAGAUGGCACAGUUCCUUUUCUUGAGAUCAUUGCUUUGCAUCAUUCCUUUCAAUUGUUUGAACAGCUGGUAGGAUCAAUGAAAGAUGUGUUGAAUCACACCCAUAGCAUUGCUUUGUAUGUGUAUGAAAAGAUGUCUGCAAUGACACAUAGUUCUGGAAAAUCUGUAUGUAAAAUUUACUGCGAAACAGACUUUCAGGACAACACAAAGCAGGGCCCUGUUAUAAACUUUAACCUGCUAAGAGCAAAUGGAGAGUUUGUUGGCUACGGUGAGGUAGAAAAGAUGGCUAGCCUUUACAAUAUUCACCUAAGGACAGGCUGUUUUUGUAACAUGGGGGCAUGUCAGAAGUAUCUGAGCCUUUCCAGUCAGCAAGUGAAGAAAAAUUUGUCUGUGGGUCAUGUGUGUGGGGAUAAUAUGGAUCUCAUUGAUGGCAAACCCACUGGCUCUGUGAGAAUCUCAUUUGGUUACAUGUCUAACUUUUCAGAUGCAAAAGAACUUCUAACAUUCAUUAGAGAAUGCUUCCUGGAGGGUAAUUCAAGCCGCUCUUUACCUGAAAGAUCUUUAGAUGCAGAGAGAUCUGAACAUACUGAGUUUCUUUCCAGCUCCAUUUUGGUUAAGCAAUCUGAAGACUUUGCUUCAAAUGCAAAUUUUAAAAACGUUAUGGAGCGGAAUUCAACAGUGGCAUCAACUGUAAGUCAGAGAGGUACUCCAAUUGAAAUGUCUAUCAGAACUCUGACACCUAAUCAUUGUGACAUGCACACACAUGUGCCUCAAGAAUGUGGUGAUAAUCCAAAUAACCAUCUAGAGUUGGAAAAGAUCUGCUUGUAUCCAAUCAAGUCUUGUGCUGCAUUUGAGGUACAUGAGUGGGAAGUUGGUAACAGAGGAUUUGUUUUUGAUCGUCAUUGGAUGAUUGUGACUGACUCUGGGGUUUGUCUGACACAGAAGAGAGAAGCAAAGAUGUGUCUGAUAAAACCUCUGUUGGAUCUUAGAAAUGGAACACUAUCAGUCACAGCGACAGGAAUGCCUGAUCUAGUGUUACCACUGUACCUAUCGUCAGGGAAUGAUAAAAAGGUUGCAAGAUUUUGUCAAAGUAAAGUCUGUGGUGACAGGAUCUCAGCUGUGGACUGCGGAGAGAACGCUGCCUCGUGGAUGUCAACAUUUUUUAACAGAAACUGUCGACUAAUUCAACAAGACAUGGACGAUAGCCGCACUUGUAAACUGGGAGGAAUGAAACAGCGAGAAGAUAACAGAAGUAGGUCUCUUUCUCUUGCUAAUGAAUCGCAGUUCCUCCUGGUGAACCGGGAAAGUGUCAGUGAACUUCUGAACAAUGUUAAUCAAGACCAACCUUUAACUCCAUCAUCUUUGGUUACUGUGGUGGAAAAACAAGCCAAAAGGUUUAGACCCAAUUUAAUUGUAGCUGGUGGAGAGGCGUUCAGGGAAGACUACUGGAAAACUGUGAAAAUUGGAAAUUUGGUUUUCGAGAACAAAGGAAAGUGUAACCGGUGCCAAAUGGUGUGUAUUGACCAAGAAACUGGAGUCAGGAGCGUUGAACCAUUGAAAACACUUGGGAAGAUACGAGGAUCAAAGAUGCCUUUUGGAGUUCACUUGGAACAUGUUUCAAACGUACAGCAAAAUCCAGCCAUUCUUCAUUGCGGUGAUCUUGUUACUGUUAGCCGUUAGCUCCUGACCUCAACAGCUUCGAACUGAUCGACACUAAUUUAAAAUAGAUCAAGCUUUGGUGUGAUGAUCAAAGUCGUCGAUCAAUUUUUUCAAAAUAAAUCUCGUGAUUUUGAAAUCGCCGUGGAAAAGUUACAGAAUUUUCUUUGGAUUCAAAUCAAACAUUGUAGUAAACCAUGCCUGAUAAACAAAUCCUAUACAGUGAAAGAGAAUCAACAACAAGAAAAACAACAAUGACACCACCAACAACAUUAAUGUCAGUAGUUGAGAAAAAUUACGCCAUAAACUUCUCCCAUAAUUGACGCAGUUUGUGCCGUCUCCAAGCCAGCGGAUAAGAGCGUAGCUGCUGAAAUUAUAUUAUUGUUGGCAGAAAACUUACAGAUAAACAAACGAGAGCUUCGCCUAAAUCACACAAACAAUCCUGAAAACUUAUUGCCACGGUUUGUGAAUGAACAACACGAAUCACGAAAUUUCAAGGCUGUGAAAUUGAUAUUUUCAAAAGUAAUAAUGAUUGACUUUAUUGCAGAAGUAUACUUGCAAUAUCAGUUAGUGUUUAAGCAUGACACUGUUUUGUUUAUUACCAAUGAAAAUCUCUUCCUACUUCUUUAUAAAACUCCUCAUUGUACGGCCGAAAGUAGUCUUCCAAAAGUUUGCGAAUGUCACUUCUAAUAGAAGGGUGAGGUCUUCCUUUACUCUCAGACAAACAACCUGAAUUCUCUUUUUUCAACUUGAAAGACCUACUAAUACAGGGAAAACGUUUGGUUUGAUUAAUGUAGAAGUUUUCCUUCUUAAUAAAGGGUUCGAUGUUAAGAAACUUC